UGUCAUUGGCUACACACUUUCAAGACGUACGUGUCAGAUCACCCACAGAGUUGACAACCGAGAUAUCAGAAAUGUUGAAUUAAUGAUGCAUACAGCUGCAAGCAAAGGAAACAACACAUUCAUACCCGGACACAUAAUCGAUCCUUGCUUCCUGCUGUCCCCCAAACUUGCUUCUCGAUCGCCAUGGCGCUUAGCAGCGGCAUCCUCGCCUUGUCAAUCAGUGCUUUUGGGUUUACAUCUUGCAGUUGGAGUGCUGGUGGCCGGUAUAGUGACAGUGGUGGCCACGAUCGCGAUCUACCUGUGCGCCAAGGUCGCCGUGCAGAUGUAUCUGCACAAGGAAGACAAGCUGGGCGGUCACCGGGACGGGUGGCUCGGCAACGGAGCAGCCUCCGGCAGCACGCCGAGAGCCGUCCAGAACGAGGCCGACGACGUCGAGAUGGGGAGCAUGAGCUUCUUCAUCGAGGGCGUCCAGAACGAGCGGCCCGUCCGCUUCAGCUCGCAGCAGCUGCGGGGCUUCACCCAGGGCUUCGCGCACAAGGUCGGCUCCGGCGGCUUCGGCGUCGUGUACAUGGGCAGGUUCCCCAACGGCACGCCGGUGGCCGUGAAGGUCCUCAACAGCACGCUCGGGAGGCGCGCGGAGGAGCAGUUCAUGGCGGAGGUGGGCACCAUCGGGAGGACCUACCACAUCAACCUCGUCCGCCUCUACGGCUUCUGCUUCGACGCCGCGGUGAAGGCGCUCGUGUACGAGUACAUGGUGAACGGCUCGCUGGACCGGCACCUGUUCGGCUCGGCGCCGGAGAAGCGCACCAUCGGGUUCCAGAAGCUCCACGAGAUCGCCGUCGGGACGGCCAAGGCCGUGCGCUACCUGCACGAGGAGUGCCAGCACCGCAUCAUCCACUACGACAUCAAGCCGGAGAACGUGCUGCUCGGGGCCGACAUGGCGCCCAAGGUGUCCGACUUCGGGCUCGCCAAGCUGUGCGACAGGGAGGACACCCACCUCACCAUCACUGGCGCGCGGGGCACGCCCGGGUACGCGGCGCCGGAGCUGUGGAUGCCGCUGCCGGUCACGCACAAAUGCGACGUGUACAGCUACGGGAUGCUGCUGUUCGAGAUGCUCGGGCGGCGGAGGAACCUGGAGCUCGGGCUGCACAGCCGCGAGAGCCAGGAGUGGUACCCGCGGUGGGUGUGGCACCGGUUCGAGGCCGGCGAGAUGGACGCCGUGCUGGCGCGCGCAAUGGCCGCGGGGGACCUGGACGACACAGAGAAGGCGGCAAGGAUGUGCAAGGUGGCCCUGUGGUGCGUGCAGUACCGGCCGGAGGACAGACCGUCCAUGGGCAACGUCGUGCGGAUGCUGGAGGGGGAGGAGCAGAUCGCCACGCCGGGCAACCCGUUCGCGCACCUCGCGGCGUACAGCGCCGGCGCGACACUGACCGAUGGCACCACCACGGAAUCGAACGUUUCUUCAGCUUUCACCCGCGGGUAGAUAAUGAUGGUACUAGGGGAAAAGCUAUGGUUGGACGACAAGGAGUUUCUGAUCCCAGCUCAGAAAACAAAUUAGUUAAAUUGAAGAAAAAAACAAAACAUUUUUUGCAACAAACAUGGGUUACUACGCGUCCAACUAAACAUUCGUUACCUCGACGGUCGUCCGAUCCGUUCAUCCGAACCACGCGGCAGGCUCCGGCCGGCACCGAGUGAUUCCU